AUGUUCCGCCUUAUUACAUCUAGUUUCUUCAUGUACUUCUUCACAUCAACAACUGCUCUCAGAUGUGUAAUUGAAAAUAGCAUUGUGAGAGAAGCUACUACUGAAAAUUGCUCACCAUCAGUUACCGAUUGCUUUUGGUUCAGAUGCGACAAUUCGGGUAAAGAAACAAAAGAGAAAGGUUGUAACGACAACCUAAGCAGCUUAUGGAAUUGUCAAGCAUUGGGUGAAGCUUGUGUCCAGAAUGGCGGAAAACCGUACUGCGAUACGUGUGCCGGAGAUUUGUGCAAUAAUGCUAUAACUACUGCUUUUCUUUCCCCUACUUCUAUUACUGUAUUGUUGAUAUUGCUUGUUCUAAGUAUUAUCUAA